AUGGUGAAGGUGGGGAUUGUGCUUGGUCACAAAAUUUUGGAAAAUGGGAUAGAGGUUGAUAAAGCAAAGAUCGAAGUCAUUACUAAGCCUCCCCCUUCUAGUACCAUCAAAGAUGUCCAAAGCUUCCUAGGCCAUGUUGGAUUCUAUCGGAGACUUGUCAAGGAUUUCUCAAAGGUGGCCAACCCUCUAUGCAAAUUGUUGGAAAAAGAAACCAAGUUUGUGUUUAAUGAUUCUUGUCUCGAAGCUUUUGAGUGCUUAAAAGAAAAGCUCACUUCGUCACCUAUCAUCAUUGCUCCGGAUUGGUCUAAACUGUUUGAACUAAUGUGUGAUGCUAGUGGCUUUGCAAUGGAGGUCGUUCUUGGCCAAAGGCAUGAAAAUAUUUUCCACCCCAUUUAUUAUGCAAGAACUCAAGUGGUUGUUCACACCGAUCAUGCGGCCCUCCGUUACCUCAUGGCUAAGAAAGAUGCAAAACUGAGACAUGGAGGAUUCUCAAGAAGGCAUGAGCUACCGAUGACACCAAUUCUUGAAGUUGAACUAUUUGAUGUUUGGGGGAUUGACUUCAUGAGUACAUUUGGGAGUUCCUACAAUAACAAGUACAUCCUUGUGGUUGUUGACUACCUAUCCAAGUGGAAUGAAGCUGUGGCUCUUCCAAAUUAUGAAGGAAGAAGUGUCACCGCAUUCUUGAAAAAGAACAUCUUCUUAAGGUUUGGUACUCCAAGGGCAAUCAUUAGUGAUGAAGGCUCUUUUUUUAACAACCAGUUGUUCAAGACUCUUCUUGAAAAAUAUGGAGUCAAACAUAAAGUUGCCACCCCCUAUCGUCCCAAAACAAGUGAUCAAGUUGAGGUGUCAAAUAUGGAGAUCAAGAGCAUCCUCUCCAAGACGGUGAAUGCAAAUAGGACCGAUUGGUCAAAGAAAUUGGAUGAUGCAUUAUAG